AUGGCUGAUACAUUCUCCUCCAUUCCCAUUAUCGACUGGCGCCGUCUUCAAGACCCAAGUACAAAAGCAGCGGCCUUGGACGAUCUGCGCGAGGCCAUAUUUGUAGUAGGAUUCUUGUACCUCACAAACCAUGGGUUGGAAAACCUUAUUUCAAAAGCACACGCCAAGCUUCCUGAGCUGUUUGAUCUCCCGGCGGAUGUCAAGGCCAAAUGCGACAUGAUCAACUCCCCGUCAUUCGUCGGCUACACGCGUCUGGGUGCGGAAACUACCGCGGCAAAGACUGAUUGGAGAGAGCAAUACGAUUUCGGGACCCCGGGAAUGAAGACGUGGACCGAGGACAAGGACAUCUGGUGGCGGUUGGAGGGGAACAGCCAGUCCAUCCAACGUCAGUAUCCGGACGUUCCAGGUGUCAAAGAGCUCGUCGAAGAGUACAUUGCGAGAUCGGCAGAACUAUCACAGCAGUUCAUGAGAUACGUUUCCGAAUGUCUCUCGCUCCCACCCGACACUUUCGCUGCGUUCAAGGGCAAUAUGGACAGGCUGAAGUUUAUUAAGUAUCCCAGGUCGCCGCCAAACUCUCAAGGCGUCGGCCCCCACAAAGACUCGUCCGGGCUAUUCACCUUCCUGUCGCAGGAUGAUACGGGUGGAUUGCAAGUUCUGAAUAAGAAUGGCGAGUGGAUCGACGCGCCACCGAUCGAAGGGAGUCUUGUUGUCAAUAUUCAACAAGGCCUUGAAGCUAUUACAGGAGGCAUCUGUGCCGCUACGACACACCGAGUUAUCGCUCCGACGACGAAAACACGGUAUAGUAUCCCAUUCUUUCUAGGAGUCCGAAUGGAUCUUACAACGGAGCAACUCCGGGAAAGUGCAGCGCACAUUGUCGCCCGCAUCCCAGUCUCGGACGACAGGAAGAAGCGCGCCGUCGAUGUUCCCAGCGAGUUUCUUUCGCCUUUGUACUCAUGUUUUGGCGAAGCAUAUCUGCGAAAUAGAAUCCUCAGUCACCCGGAUGUCGGACAGAAGUGGUACCCUCACUUGUACGAAAAGUACACCAAGCAGGUACUCUCUUAG